GUGCUUGAGUGGCUGAAAACGAACCGCACGGAAGGCUGCACGAAUAUGGCAAUGCACAUUGCAGCAGUUUCGAGAAAUUUGCCCGUCAUGCGAUGGCUUUGCGAAAUAACUACGGCGAGACCUUCACCGCAGGCGAUGGAUAAUGCUGCCAGUGACGGUCGGUUCGAUAUUGUCAAGUGGCUUCACGGGGCGGGGGGGGGUUGUACGUCCGAGGCUAUG